AUGAAGCUCUCCAUCGCGGCCCUGGCCGUUUUCCCAUUCUCUGCUGUCGCAGCACCCCGUUCCACGCCACCGCUCACCCAUGUGCCUCGUGCCGCAGAAGUGACGGUCGAGAUACCUGGCGGCACCAUCAUCGGCAACGUCACCGGUGUCGAAAGCUUCCACGGCAUCCCCUUUGCCGACCCCCCGGUCGGGCAGCUCCGGCUGCGUCCGCCCCAGCGGCGGACCCGCCCGCUCGGCCGUUUCGACGCCACCAGUGCGGCGCCGGCCUGCCCGCAGAUGCCCCUCAACACCUCCGAGGUCCUGCUUCCGCCCCUUUUCGGGAAGGACAUGACCCCGGAGAAGUGGCCCGACGGCGAAAUCCGGGGCCAGGAGGACUGCCUCACCGUCAACGUCCAGCGGCCGCGGGGCACGCGCCCUGAUGCCAAGCUGCCGGUGCUCUUCUACAUCUUUGGCGGCGGCUUCAUCGCCGGCUCGACGAAUCUCAACGACGCCGAAAAGUUCCUUGAAUUCGCCUCGGCGCAGAGCCAGCCCUUCAUCUUCGUCGGCGUCAACUACCGCCUCGGCGCCUUUGGCUUCCUCGGGGGCGCCGAGGUGGUCGCGGACGGCACCGCGAACCUCGGCCUCCGCGACCAGCGCAUGGGGCUCGAGUGGGUAGCCGACAACAUUGCCUACUUUGGCGGCGACCCGGAGCGCGUCACCCUCUGGGGCCAGUCUUCCGGCUCCAUCUCCGUCUUCGACCAGCUCGCGCUGUACAACGGCAACGCGACGUACAACGGCAGGGCGCUCUUCCGCGGCGCCAUCAUGAACUCGGGCAGCGUGCUGGUCACGGAGCGCGCCGACUCUCCGCGGGCGCGGGCCAUGUUCGACAAGGUCGUGGAGGAGGCCAACUGCAGCCACGCGGCGCCCGAGGCCAAGCUGGACUGCCUGCGGGAGGCCCCAUUCCCGCUCUUCUACAAGGCGGCGAACAGCGUGCCGCGCAUAUUGGAUAACUCGUCCCUGGCGCUCCCGUUCCCGCCGCGGCAGGACGGCGAGGUGCUGGUGGACAGCCCCGAGAUCAUCGCCGAGAUGGGCAACUACUUUGCCGUGCCGUCCAUCCUGACCGACCAGGCGGACGAGGGGACCGUGUUUUCCUUUGCCCAGCACCACGUUAACAGCACGGAGAAGCUGGUCGAGUAUCUCAAGGAGACGUUCUUCGACAAGACGACGGUGGAGACGGUCGAGGAGCUCGUCACGACUUACCCGGAGGACUCCGCCGCCGGAAGUCCGUUUCAGACCGGGCAGAACAACGAGUGGUAUGAGGACACGUACGGCACCGGCAGAGGCUUCAAGCGGCUCGCGGCCAUCCUGGGAGACUUCGUCUUCACGCUCAUUCGGCGCAUGGCACUGCACAGCAUGGCGGCGUCGCAUCCCGAGGUGAAGCGUUGGUCGUCCCUCAGCUCGUUCGCCACCGGCAUCGCCGCGUACUAUGGAACCCCCCACGGGGCCGACCUGAACAUGAUGUUCAGUGGCGUCGGAAUCCCCGCGCAAUCGACUAGGACGUACUACCUCAACUUCCUCUAUCACCUCAACCCCAACGGCCGGGAUGGCGACGAGGGAAAGUGGCGCGAGUGGCCAGAAUGGACGCCGGAAAGCCCGCUCAUGCUACACACCAAGCUGUUGGUGAAUGAUCUGCUCAAUGAUACCUUUAGAUCUGAGAGCUACCAGGUUCUGAAGGACAAGACGAGGGACUUUGCGUUCUAG